AUGACAGAACCAGUCAAUAUGAAGAUGGGAUUACGUUGCUUCUUGUCUCCAAGUGGAAUACUAUGGGUGGCAUUUUUUAUUGUCAGAUUUUGUGGCAGUCAUGGCGAUCUCAGUUAUUCCAUAACGGAGGAGAUGGAACGAGGAACGGUGAUCGGAAAUAUAGCGAAGGAUCUCGGACUAGACCUAAAAGGAAUAUCACAGCGCAACGCUCGAAUUGAUUUGAAGGGAAGUCGCAAAUGCUUUUGUGAAAUAAAUGCUCAGACUGGAGAUCUAGUGAUCGCUGAAAUUAUUGAUAGGGAAGAAUUAUGUGGUUCAAAGGCUUCGUGUCCUCUAAAAUACGAAUUAGUUUUAGAAAACCCACUAGAACUGCACCGAAUUUUACUACAAAUUCAGGACGUAAAUGACAACUCACCUCGGUUUCCUAGCAAUGAAAUCAAACUGGAAAUCCGUGAAUCCGCUGAUAAAGGCGCACGCUUCCCCCUUGAUGAUGCUCAUGAUUCCGAUGUAGGAAGAAAUGGAAUCCAGACAUAUUUACUGGAGAAGAAUGAUCAUUUUACCUUAGCCGUGCAUUCUAAUGCAGAUGGGGGGAAAUAUAGUGAGUUAGUUUUAGAUAAAGAGCUUGACCGUGAACAGCAGCAGGAGCUGUCAUUACUGCUUACUGCUGUAGACGGCGGUACUCCUCAGAGGUCCGGUACUGCUAUCAUACACGUCACUGUCUUAGAUGCCAAUGAUAAUUUACCAGUCUUCGGUCAAGCAGUGUAUGAGGUCAGUUUACCAGAAAAUUCCAUUUUAGGUACUGUGGUUGUUGCUGUGAGCGCCACAGACGCAGAUGAAGGAGCAAAUGGUGAGGUCACAUAUGGAUUCAAUCUUAUAUCUGAUAAAGCAGCAAGACUGUUCUCUAUUGACAAGUUUACAGGACAAAUUAAGUUGACUGGACCAAUUGACUUUGAGGAGAAAACGGAUUACGAACUCAGAGUUCAGGCUAAAGAUGGUUCUGGUUUAGCCUCUAAUGCCAAAGUUAUCAUAGAUAUCAGUGAUGUAAAUGACAAUGCUCCAGUAAUUAAUGUUAAAUCAAUGACAAAUCCAAUUCCUGAAAAUGCUGCACCUGGUACAGAGGUGGGCAUUAUUAAUGUGCAGGAUGAAGACUCAGAGGGAAACCGCCAGUUGCGUUGCACUAUUCAACAGGAUGUGCCCUUUAAGUUAAAUCCAUCCAUUGAAAAUUACUAUUCUCUGGUCACGACAGGUGAAUUGGAUCGUGAACAGAUCACAGAUUACAAUAUAACUCUCAUAGCCACUGACAAAGGCAAUCCACCAUUAUCAUCAGCCAAAACUAUCCAGCUAUCUGUAUCUGAUGUAAAUGAUAACGCACCUGUAUUUGAGGAGCAGUCCUACAGCGCAUAUGUGACUGAGAAUAACAAGCCUGGCUCCUCUGUCUGUUCUGUUACUGCGAGAGACCCAGACUGGAGACAGAAUGGCACAGUGUUCUACUCUCUGUUGCCCAGUGAGGUCAAUGGUGUUCCGGUCUCCUCAUAUUUAUCCAUUAAUGGAGACACAGGGGUGAUCCAUGCUGUGAGGCCCUUUGACUAUGAGCAGUUCAGAAGCUUCAAAGUUCAAGUAGUAGCCAGAGACAAUGGUUCUCCUCCACUCAGCAGCAACGUGACUGUGAGUGUGUUCAUAACAGAUGAGAAUGAUAACUCUCCUCAGAUAUUAUACCCUACUCCAGAAGGAAACUCCUUCAUGACUGAGAUGGUUCCUAAAGCUGCUAUUUCUGGCUCGCUGGUCUCCAAAGUGAUCGCUGUUGAUGCUGACUCUGGACAGAACGCGUGGCUGUCAUAUCAGAUCGUGAAGUCGACUGAUCCGGGACUUUUCACUAUUGGUCUCCACAGUGGAGAGAUCAGGGCUCAGAGGGACAUUUCUGAAUCUGACAGCAUGAAGCAGAACCUUGUGAUCUCAGUGAAAGAUAACGGACAGCCCUCUCUCUCUACAACCUGUGCCGUAUAUUUACUCAUCUCUGAUAACUUGGCUGAAGUUCCUGAACUAAAAGACAUGUCUUAUGAGGAGAGCAAUUCGAAACUCACAUCUUAUCUGAUCAUUGCUCUGGUGUCUGUUUCUACCUUUUUCCUCACUUUCAUCAUUCUGAUCAUUUCUGUGAGGUUUUGCCGUAAGACAAAGCCCAGACUGUUGUUUGAUGGAACAGUUGCCAUUCCCAGUGCAUAUUUACCUCCUCAUUAUGCAGAGGUUGAUGGAACUGGAACUCUCCGCAGCACUUACAACUAUGACGCCUAUAUGACUACUGGCUCCCGUACCAGUGAUUUCAAGUUUGUUCAAUCUUACAAUGACAACACACUGUCUGCUGGAAAUACACUACAGAAGAACCCACAUGACAAUAGCGACUUCCUUGACUUCAUUGAUAAUGGAUCAAAGUUCUCCACUCUGGUAAAUACUUUUCAUCACAUAAGUAAUUGCUAUAUGUGUAUUGAUAAGUUCAAACUUAAAGUAGUUACUGGUGUAAGACUGGUAUUAAUUUAAGUCAUAGCACAAUUUAAGGCAUGCUUCAUGAUUCUAUUGGGUUAGGUAUCUUUCCAAUACAAGGGGAUUUUCAGUGUCAUGUUGUACCCAGAAUAUGAAGUUGAGACAGACCGUUAUUAGAAGGGAUCUGUUUUCUUUCUUUUCUAAAUCAGCAUUUUGUGACCGGGGCAUUGGCUUGAAAAAAAUUAGAUCACGAAACAUAGAUAUAUAAUUUAGGUUGUGAUCAAAUGUGAUAUUGGAAAAGUGGCAUGUGGCAUUUGGCAUUUGGCAUGUGGCAUUUGACAGCAGUGGUGCUUGAGUGGCAGGCUGCCCUUAGUCUUGAGUAGAGCAGCAAAAGCAUUGCCAUAGUGCCUGUUUCAUCUGUAACUUAUGCUGAGGUCAUGGUAAGGUUGAUGAGGGUUUGGUGUUGCUGUUUGUAAUGAUGACUGGCAUUUAUGCAUAACUGUGCUCAUUAGGAAUGUUUUAGCUUUCAUAUUAGGCAUGAAU